UGUGAAAUAACAACAAUCGCUCCAAAGUUUACUACACAUUUAUUAAGCUGCUCUGAGCGGCUUUACUUCAUUUUUUUCUUAUAACUUUUUAGAAAUUAGCGUAUUUUUGUAAACUUUCAGCAUCUCUGAGGAAGCUGGUUCAAAACAAACAAACUAAGUUUUUAACGGCAGUAAAGGGAAUGAAGAUGUUUUAACUCCUUAUAACCGGCACCUGCUGUCAGUAUUCCUGAGCCCAGCUGGGAGCCACUAUGUUCCCGCUAGACUCUCCGUGGAACAUCUCGUUCGCAGGCUGCGGCUUCCUGGGGAUCUACCACGUCGGCGUGGCCAGCUGCCUGCGGGAACAGGCGCCCUUCCUGGUGGACAACGCCAGACACAUCUAUGGGGCCUCCGCCGGGGCCCUCACCGCCACCGCUCUGGUCACCGGAGUGUGUCUCGGAGACGCCGGGGCCAGCAUCAUCGAGGUCGCUAAGGAGGCGAGGAAGAGGUUCCUGGGACCGAUGCACCCCUCCUUUAACUUGGUGAAGAUCGUCCGCCAUGUUCUGAGGCGAACUCUGCCUGCUGACAGCCACCUUCAGGCCAACGGGCGACUGGGAAUCUCUCUGACCCGAGUCUCAGACGGAGAAAACGUCCUGAUGUCUCACUUCAACAAUAAGGAGGAGUUGGUGCAGGCUUGUGUCUGCAGUGCCUACAUCCCAGUAUACUGUGGCCUCAUUCCUCCAACACUCCAAGGAGUGCGAUACGUGGAUGGAGGAAUCUCGGACAACCUUCCGCAGUACGAGCUGAAAAACACCAUCACGGUGUCUCCCUUUUCUGGAGAGAGCGACAUCUGCCCUCGAGACACUUCCACCAACAUCCACGAGCUGCGCUUCACCAACACAAGCAUCCAGUUCACCCUCACCAACCUUUACAGAGUCUCUAGGGCUCUCUUUCCACCUGAUCCAAUGGUUAUGAAGGCCAUGUGCAAGCAGGGAUAUAAGGAUGCUCUGCAUUUUUUAAAGAGAAAUGGAUUGCUUAAUUAUACAGGGCCUCAAUCAGACAGACAGUUGCUGGUCAACAGAGAGGAAAAUAAGGCCGGCGAUGAAAGGAGAGAAGAGAAAAACCGAGAGGCGGAGCCACAGGUGGAGGCCAAAGCUCUGCUGCAUGCCAGCUCCUCGCUAGAUGAUCACAUCAUGGAGUAUCUUCCACCCGCUGUGCACAAAGCUUUACUUGAGGCCUGCAUGGAGAGGAGGAGCCUGGUUCAAUCCCUGAGCAGCCUGCUCCCUGUCAGAAUGGCCUCCGCCCUGAUGCUCCCCUACACCCUCCCUCUGGAGUCGGCCCUGUCCAUGACCCUCAGACUUCUGGAGUGGCUUCCAGAUGUGCAGGAGGAUGUGGGCUGGAUUCGAGAGCAGAUUCUGAAGAUUCUGCAGCGUAUUCUCCGUCAGGCUUCCAGAAACUUUUCCCAGCAUGUAUCUGCUCGGCUGUUCUGCCACCUGGAGCUGCACCAUUACCGGUCCCUUCCAUCCAAGUCUAGCUCCACCAGCCUCUUCCCUCUGUGGAUGAACAGCGGCGGUUCUUCAGUGCAGGAUGUCUUUGACCGAUACAAGAACCGGCUGCUAUCAGGGGUUUUCUGCAUCGACAUGGACCUGCAAGGCUCCUUCAAAACCGGAGCAAUACCCCCACACACCAACCGCCUGGCUAGCUUUUUCCUGCAAGACUUUGCAGAAGGCAAAGGCUAUUGCAACAAUCCUCAAAGUGGGAAACCUGCUAAAACGAUGAGCAGAUCCAGGAGCUUUUGGUAGGCUGUUGCUCUGAUCGUACGACUGAUUCAGGAAUAGUGGAAAACUCCCACUGAAGCUGUAAUGUUGAUUUUGCAUUUAAAAUGCCAUCAACUUCUCUGUGUAGUGGUUGGAAACAGUCCUGCAGGACUUUGAAAAGUAUUUAAACUUGUGCUUCUGAAUAACUGAAUGGAAAAAAAA